CCGAGAUUGAUCCUGGUCUGCCAGAAAUUGACUGAUCAAUCCUGAGGAAAAAGGGCUUCUGGCUGAGGAUGGCCUCAGCCUCUUCUCACCACGUCCCGCGGGAACGGGGGCUGCCAUGGUCUCUUGGUGUGGAAACACAAUCCAAUAUUGUAUCCCUUCCUGCAACAGAGCUGCAUCAUCGAGGGCCCACUUCUGGUGGAAAUGGUUCCCUUCCGCUAUCGUACACCUCACAUGUCUUGCCCGUGGCCUCCCCUUCCUUCACAUCAUCUACUAUGAAAUCACCUACAAGGCAAUCGCAGUUUCACAAACAGGACCCACCAAAUCCCAAAAUAUAUGACAUCCCUCUUAAAUACUUCUCGCUUAUCACCCUUGCAUUACAAAAUGCGUCUCUCACCAUCAUCCUGCACUACUCCCGUGUUUUCUCACCACCCGACAAAAUGUACUCUGGGGCUACAGCUGUUCUCCUAAACGAAUUACUGAAAGGCUCAAUAUCGAUGGCAAUAGCUCUCUCUCGAAUUGAUGGACACGCGACUGCAAAUGCGGAUAGCGAACCUGUCACAACGUCGCAAAGGACAAUCACACGAAAAAGUGUCCUAACGCGCGCUAAAAACAUGCUCAUGAACGUUUCAAAGCCCAAUGUUGAAGACGUACGAAGAAGGUUUCGGACGCUUGUGAAAGAGGUUUUCAGCCCGGACUGUUGGAAACUGUCCAUUCCCGCCAUCCUUUAUGUCGUGCAGAAUAAUUUGCAGUUCGUCGCGGCGUCUAAUCUAGAUCCUGCGGCGUUUCAGGUCACAUAUCAGAUGAAAAUAUUGACGACCGCUGCCUUCUCUGUAUUGCUGCUGCGAAAGCGCAUAUCCACGAGGAAAUGGAUCUCUCUGCUAUUCCUUGCCAUGGGUGUUGGAAUCGUACAGAUGCAGUCCGGAUCAAAGUCAGUGUCGGGCUCAUCUAUCGUCAGAUCGCCGCCCACUCUCCCGAACAGCACUAUCUUCAUCAACGUCGACCCUGGGCAGACGAUAGAACCAGUAACUGUUCAUACGACGGAGAAACUACUCACCCAUGAAAUGAACCGCUUCAAGGGAUUCUUAGCUGUGUCCUUUGCGUGUAUCACUUCCGGAUUGGCGGGUGUGUAUUUCGAGAUGGUUCUAAAGGGGAGUAGAUCCGACCUUUGGGUCCGAAACCUACAACUUUCGCUUUUCUCCCUUAUCCCCGCUCUCGUUCCCAUCAUCUACAACUCAAGCCCCAAUGCAGGGAUUAGGUUUCCAUUGAAUUUGUUUCACCACUUCGGAUUUUGGGCAUGGACAACGGUCUUAGUUCAGGUGGCUGGAGGUCUUAUCACCGCCGUGGUGAUCAAGUAUUCAGACAAUAUCCUUAAAGGUUUUGCCACAAGCCUAAGUAUCGUUAUUUCGUCCCUCGCAAGUGUUGCGUUAUUCGGGGAUCAGAUCACCCUUACCUUCACGAUUGGGGCAACUACGGUACUCGCGGCAACGGCAAUGUACAACCAACCGGAAACACCCGUGUCUGAGCUUCUCAAGGAGCAAGAUAGCUAUGGUGGGGGUAAUAAGAGCGGCUUUGUGGGGCCAGGGCUCGUCACAAAUAAUAAAGGGUUCAGUCCGGUGGACCGGAAUGUAUCAAUGUUGGGCUCAUGGCAGCAGGAGACAAGGAAUGAUUCUCUUUGGACAGACGCGAGUCCCGCCUUUGGGUUAUCGACAAGCUCUGCACAUUCGUCGCCUGUUUCCCUUCAUGUCAUGUCUCCGAUGAUGCUGUCUCCGCAGAUGAGCGUAGUGUCAUCUCCCAACCAACUCUCUUCACCGUCCAUCAUAUCAUCAACUCGUCCCGAUGCCACGCCCCAUCCUGCUGGAAUUUCCGUCGCUGCCUCGGGUAGAGGCAACUCACAUUCGUCUUAUUCGCCUGAUUUACAGAGAAUUGGCCUUCCUGGGACAAAGAAACACGCUGGUUGGGAUCGCGAUUAACAUUCGUUUUCACUUAGCCAACUCGAGGGACAGUAUCCGUUAAUCUGCCAGGUUAUCAUGCUAUCCAGAUUCUCGCCUGCGCAGCCCUCUGCGCACGGUAAGGCACUAUCCCAACCAGUAUUCACUUCGUUAUGUUUUUAACCACACUUGUUUAGCGUCAUGGACCAAAGUAAAAAUGAGAAACAAGAUUACACCAUUGAUAUCACUAUUUGUGGCAACUGUUACGCAAUGUUGGUACUGCCUCACACUUUAAGUUUUCACUAGAGAUUUGGACAUGUAUGGCCCAUCAAGUUC